AUGCUGAUUGUCAUUGUGGGCGCUGUACCAGAAUAUCAGAUUGAUACGGAAGAAGGCCUCAGCGAUGAAGAAUUUAUCAAGCAUAUCCGAUAUGCAAACAACUUCACUUCCAUAGUAUCUGAGUGGAACCUAAUUAAACAUCAAGCCUACAAGGUUAACUUGGCAUCAUCAUUGUUAUUUGCCGGUCUCCUCGUUGGGAACAUUUUGUUUGGACCAUUAUCUGAUAAACUGGGAAGAAGGCCGGUAUAUUUAAUAGGUCUCUUAUUUGAUGUCAUCUUUGGCUACCUAACAGCUUUGGCUCCAAGCUAUGGCCUUUUUGCUGCAUCACGAUUAUUUGUUGGGAUAAUGAAUGGUGGAAUGGCCUUGGUCUCUUUUGUAUUAACACAAGAGUAUGUCGGGAAAUCAUACUGGGCAUUAACUGGUUCCUUAACUAAUCUCACUUUUGCUGUUGGCAUAGCGAUAUAUGCCUUGUUGGGCUAUUACAUUCGCGACUGGAGAACGCUUGCAUUUGUGGCCAACACGCCGGGUGUUUUCUUUUUCCUCCUUUCUUUUUUACUCCCUGAAUCUCCAAGAUGGUUAUACUCCCAUGGUUAUACAGACAAAGCAGAAGAAGUACUGCGCCAGAUAGCUCGUGGCAAUGGGAAAGAAGUUCCUGCAGUGAAAUUAAAGGAAUGUAGUGGAACCCUAAAAAAGCGGUGA